GGGGGGGAGGGAGCCAGAUGAGGCACAUCUGGACAGCUGCGCCGAGGAACCGUGCGGCCCCUUCGCGGGCCCGACGUCAGCUGAGCACGUCCCCCACGUCCUCUCCUGCUAGUCACUUUUAUUAUUCAUAUUCCCAAAGAAGCAACCGAGGAUCCAGGCUUAAAACUUUUUUUCCGCUAAUUGAGACGGGGCCAGAUCUCAUCCCGCGCACAGUUUAAUUUUCAUGGGGCUCUGGGAUCAAAAGAACAGAAACAGCAACAACAAAAGCCCAGCCGCUGUCUGAUUUAAAACUGGCAAAGUGAGAAAAAUAGUGUUGAGUAAACAGACCGAGUUGGACAUGGGGAGUUUCAGAGGUCAUGCCCUCCCUGGAACCUUCUUCAUUACCAUGGGUAUUUGGUGGACCAUAAAGUGCACUCUGAAGUAUGCCUGCAAAAAGCACAAACGGACUUCCUACCUUGGUUCCAAAGCAUUAUUCCAUCGAAUGGAUAUUGUGGAGGGAAUUGUAAUAAUUUGCAUGGCUUUAACUGGCAUGCUUGGAGAGCAGUUUGUUGCUGAAGGGCCCCACUUGGCUUUAUAUAACUAUAAAGAGGGCCAGUGGGUCCAACUCCUGAGCUGGCAUCAUUCCACCAUGUAUUUCUUCUUCGGGCUGGUGGGCGUGGCAAACAUCUUAAGGUUUAUCAUCAGUUCGUUUCCCAUUUCCUUAAUCAAAUUGCUGUUGUCGAAUGCCUUAUUUGUUGAGGCUUUUAUCUUGUACAACCACACUCAUGGUCGGGAAAUGCUGGACAUCUUUGUGCACCAGCUGCUGGUCUUGGCUGUCUUUGUGGCAGCCCUGAUAGGCUUCUUGGAGUUCUUUGUAAGGAACAAUGUCAUUGUGGAGCUUCUUCAGAUGACCUUUAUCCUGCUUCAGGGAAGCUGGUUCUGGCAGAUUGGUUUUGUCCUUUAUCCCCCUAGUGGAGGUCCUGCAUGGGAUUCAAUGGAUCAUGACAACAUUAUGUUUCUCAGCACAUGCUUUUGUUGGCAUUACACAUUACACAUUGUCAUUGUUGGAGUGAUUUAUGCCUUUGUUACUUGGCUGACAUCUGGGCCUCAUCCCCUUAGGGGCUGGGCAGCCUCCAAGAAUAAAGGCGACAUUCAAGGAGCCUCUCUAGCUCAUGUCAGCUCUCUUCCAUGGCCAAAAGAAGACUACUGUCUCUUCCUGUUUCAAAAGGCUUCAGACCCCUCCUAUCCACUUACAACUUUCUAGAAACCUGAAACUCCAUGUUUAUUUUCUCAACACUCCCCACCUCCAGACACCUUUAUCUUUUGUGACCACUUAGUCCCCUCUACCUGGCAUAUCCAAAUCAAACGCCAUAUCUUCUAUGAAAACUUCUGUGAUAAUUCUAGCCCUCAUUUCCCUUCAUGAGUUUGGAUAGUACUUGAGUCGCUACUACUCAUUUUAACAAUUGUGAUCUAUCUUUACUAUUAGCCAGUCUUAUCUGCUAGCUAGGUUGUAUCACUUUAAGGAAAAGACCCUUUUCAUAUUUUACAUGGCUGUUGGCAUGCCAUCAAACAUGCAGUAGGUAUUCAUUAAACACUUAUUUGCAGUUUUAAUAGAUCUACUCAGUUACAUGAGUAUGGGCUUUAUUUGUUUGGAAAUCAUGUUUCAGAUGCUUUUCAGUUUUGCUCUCAUAUUGCUUUGGAAAUAUAAGACCAAGAGCUCAUGUUAUGAGGUAUGUUGAUAUAAACUUAAGGAAUAACUUACAAAAUGUCAUGAAGAUUCAGUACUGACUUUCAGUGAGGUCACAUGUAGGCUAAUUCAGUCCUAUAAUCAUAAGCAGUUUUGACAAUCUAUUUUUCAGAGUUUGAGUGUGAAGUUGUUUGUAAUUCAGUCACAGGUGAUGGAUUUUCAGGGGACCCUCUGCUCUUUCUCUUGUUAAUUGCAGAGUACAUAUGGGAGCAAAAACUCAGACACAUCCUGACCUUAGUAUCCUGGACUUGUAUCAUUCUGGAAACUGGCAGUUAUUUGCACUUCUUCUUCACCCUUCCAGCUUUUAACCUGUCUGCACUGGCCAUUUAUGCAUGUGCCAAUACCUAGGGCUAUAGGAUACAGAUAGAACCUGAACAUGCGUCAGCUUGGUGGCUGUCACAACAGCAAAUACAACCCAGAAAGAAGGAGUGGGAAACAGGAGGAGUCACUAGGGUCUGUGUUAACAAUUAAUUUGUAAUAAGUAGCCAUGUCUUUGUUUUAUUUUCCGUAAGAGCCAUCAAGAAUGAAUCUAAUUAAUGAAUUAACAAUCCAUUUCAUUUACAUGUAUUGAGGUUGUGCAAUGUAAAGAUAACUAUGUGAAUUUAAAAAAUGACACAAACAUUUCCCAGACUUUAACUUAUUUAAGACUAUUAGUCUUUCAUGAAAACAGUGCCUUGAAGAGCCUAGGACAUUGGGAGCAACAUCAAUAGUCAGUUAAUAAUCAAAGCAAAUUAUUUUGAUUGGUUUCUUUGGCUCUUGAUGAGUGAAUAGUUUUUAUUACUACUACUUGCUUGUUGUAUUAUUGGAGGAGUUAAUGCUGAGUUGAAAGAGAAUUAACCUCUACGAAUAAGUGAGUGAUAUGAACUCCUAGCAGAUUGUUCCAAAGGUCAUUGAUUCAUCAAAUGUGUGUUGAGCCACUGUUAUGUACCAGGCUCUGGCUAGCAUUAGGGCACUAAAUAAGGUGAAGUCUUUGCUUUUAUGAUGCUUAUAUUUUUGUGAGAUCCAGAGAACAAGUAAAGUCAUUACAUGUUUAUAGGGGCAGGCCAGACCUUCACUGGAAGAAGAAGACAGGCAGUAGAAAAUAAGGGUAAAGAUGCAGAUAGGUUGGUGAAGUUUAACACAAAAUUAUAAUGAUUUUGAUGAUUUGGUGUAUCAAAUGUGUGUGUUCCCGUGUAUUUUUGGAACUGAACUAUGUUUUAUUGAUAUGGUCGUAGUACAAUGUCUUUACAAAUAAUCGUGCACAGGGAAAGCUUUGCUUAGUCCUUAUUACAUCAGAGAAGUGGAGAGUCUGCCACAAAGAACCUUCAUAUCUCCCAAUAUCAAAAAUUAUUUUGCUGAUUCCCCCAGACCCACAGAUCUCUUAAUCUAUGAAAACAAUCACAGUGGUGGAGGGCACUUCUUGCAUCUUCUUAGUUAAUCAUGGAUCACUACAUGGACCAUCACAUGCAGUUGAGCAUGCUGGCCUGCACAAGAGCACCCCUCUGAAGGCACAAUUUGGGACAGACCUGACUAGAGUUUUGACACGGGAAGGAGAUGUCUUCAUGCACUUCCUUUAUAGGAGAGGGCUCCUUUUUGUAAUGCAUAGCAAGGUGUGGACUUGAUGGAAAAGCUCUCAGCUGAGCUUGGUUUCUUCUGGGCUUGCUGCAGUCCAGAGAUUCUCUUGUUUCUUUCAGAAAUGAUCAAAGCUAUGAAUAAUUAGGCAUUUUCUGACAAUGAACUCAACAAUCAUGUCAUACAUGAUACAAGCUAUAUUGUAUCUGUUUACUUAUACACUGCUUUAGUCCACAAAAAGGUUUCAUGUAGCUCCAAAGUCAAAUAAAAGUGAUUUUUUUU